AAUAUGCAUCAGUUGCGAAAUCAGUGAUUUCAAUAGAUCCCAACUAAAAUGUAAUGAAUCUGAUCUCGAUAUGAAUAUUCUAGACCACUUGACACGAUAAAAAGAUAAUGAGUAUCGGUAGCAGGUACUUAAAGUGAACACUUCAAUAUGCCGAAAAAGUAGAUCAUUCGUAAAUAUGAAGGGCCUCUUAUUGUUCACUAUAUUUUCUCUGUGUGUUUUUCAAAAAAUCGGUGCAGAUGAUGCUCAGCUCUUGAAGGAUGGUCUUACACAAUUUUUGCACACUGGACUGUUUCCCGAAUACUUGAAGGAUGUUUCCAAAUACCAUCAGAUAGACUCUUCUGUUUUUGAACAACUUUCAAUUGGUAAUUUAUCGAGCGUUGUGACGUGUACUCUAUGCGAUGAAUUGGCUAAUUCUAUCAUUUCUCUGAAGAAGAUUCAUACACCGGAUAUAUUUCUGAAAAACAUCAUAACAAAAACUUGUAAAACGUUCAAAGUGGAAGACGACAGGGUCUGCAAUGGACUUCUGGGACCAAUAAUUGAUGUGAUAUUUUACAUCAUUGAAAACGGAAAAAAUGUCACAGGACCAAAGUUAUGCUCCCUUCUUCUUGGACCAACGUGCCACAAUCAAUUUGAUUAUUUCAAUUGGACUGUGGACGUCCCACCCAAACCUGAAGUUAUACCGAGGAAGGUGAUCUCUGGAGAUGACAAAAUACGAAUUCUUCAUUUAACAGAUAUGCAUAUCGAUCCGAGAUACACACCUGGUUCGAAUGCUGUAUGUGGCGAAACCCUUUGCUGUCAAGAUGAUCAGGGAAUACCGGAAAAUUCCGAGGAUGCUUGUGGAGUUUGGGGGGAUUACAGAAGUGCUGAUACACCAAUGAAAUUAUUGGAGGAAACGCUGAGGCAUGCUAAAGCACAGAAUGUUGAUUACGUGUAUUCAACCGGUGACAUAAUACCUCACAGAGUGUGGUCUACCAGCAGAGAGAGCAACUCCGAAUUGGAGCUGGAAAUUAUGGACCUUUUGAGAGAUAGUUUUGAUGUUCCUGUUUUAUUCGUUCUAGGCAACCACGAACCCCAUCCAAUGAACAUGUAUGCCCCUUUGAGCAUAAAUCAGACUAGUUUAUCUACGAAAUGGCUUUACGAUGCACUUCGGACAGAAGAACUUGCGGAAUUUCCCGAUGAAAGAGGUCUUGGAAAGAUCGAAGCAGGUGGAUUCUAUACAGUUUUGUUGAGGCCUGGCUUCAGAGUUAUUGUUUUGAACAACAACGCUUGUUACACCGAAAAUUACUGGCUAGCCUAUGAAGACUACGAUCUGUAUGGUCAACUUGCCUGGUUGAUUGAAGUAUUAUCGAAAGCAGAGCAGGACGGCGAAUAUGUCCAUAUACUUUAUCACAUACCAACAGGAUAUAAAUCUUGUCUAGGAACUUGGGCCAGGGAAUACAAUAAAAUACUGAAUAGAUUCACCGAAACCAUCAGUGGUCAAUUUAGUGGUCACACGCACGCUGAUGAAUUCUUCUUAUACUAUAAUAUAUCGAAUCCAGCAGAAGCCAUACAAAUUGCAUUCAAUGGAGCUUCAUUGUCAACAUACGUUGAAAACAAUCCGAGCUAUAAAAUUUAUGACGUUAAUACCAGAAAUUAUAGAGUUGACGAUUUCGAAGAAUGGACAUUCAAUCUUACCGAUGCCAAUCUGUAUCCAGAAAAAAACUCUGUGGAUUGGUACAAGCUUUACUCGUUCAGGGAAACAUAUGGACUCUCAUCCUUAGAUCCGAUAGAAGUUGGUCGGUUUGUUGAAGAUUUGGCGAAAAAUAAAACUCUGCUAGAAAUCUAUAACAAAAUAAAAUUCAGAAUGGGUACAGGAGCUGAUAAGGUCUGUGAUGAUGAUUGUCACAAAGCUAACUUAUGCUCAAUUGUCACCGCUGAAUUGGGCGACACUUUCCAUUGCGAGAGGAUCAAGAAAAUCUAUGAGGAUAACAAUGGAAAAUUGUGAUUCAACUCCAAAGAAGAGGAAAUAUGAUUAUUUUUAUCAUCACAUAUUAUAAUACUUGUAAGUCGUGAAAUCAUGUACAUAGAUAUAUUUUUUCAAUAAAUAAGUGAAAUCACA